AUGUCUAAGUGCGAUAAUUGUAAGAAAAGUAUAACUAAAUCUUCACUGGGUCUAGAGUGCAGUAAGUGCGAAAGGAUUGUGCAUCUGAACACAAAGUGUACAGGACUAAGCAACAAACAGAUCGCUGCACUGAAAGCUGCGCCCAGUCUGGAGUGGACGUGCCUAGAUUGCCAGCAAGAAAAUCCAAGACGUAACUCAUCCAUCAUCACCCCAGAUGAUGACGACGAAGAGGAAGAUACAUCUGUCCAAAUAAAUGCUAAAAAGUUAUUAAGUAACAUAACGAAAGAAGUUGAAAAAGCAAUCAAAAGCGAAAUGACGCAAUUAAGCGAUUCGCUGCAGUUCCAUAGCGCCAAGCUUGAUGAAGCAGUGGAGUGUAUAGAAGCUUUCAAGAAGACUAUUAAGGCACUAGAACGGAAGAAUACGGAACUAACUUACAAAAAUAAUAACUUGGAAACCCGUAUAGGUGCCUUGGAACAACGCCUCCAUGAGAUAGAACAAGAUAAGCUAGCAAAAUUUGUGGAAAUUGCAUAUGUACCUACCCUAAAAAAUGAAGACGUUAAAUCUGUGGUAGAAACAAUUGCUCUUAAGAUUAAUCAGCCUAAAGAAAACAUCAAAAGUGCACGGAGACUCCAGGGAAAAAAGGAUCAGACUGCUAGCAUUUUAGUAGAGCUCAUAGAUGAAAAUAUACAGGAAAACUGGAUUACUCUCGCUAAAAGUAUCAAACCUACCAUUGGAGAUAUUAUCCCUACGGAGAAAAAUAACAAAAGUAUUGUAUACGUGAGAGAAGCCAUGACAAAACUAAACAAACAAUUACUGUGGAACGCUAAACGUGAGUUAAAAGUCGGACAAAACUACAAGUACGUAUGGUUUAAAAAAGGAUUGGUCAAAGCACGCAAGAACGACGGCGAAAAAAUACAUACCUUAAGGAGCAUUAACGACAUAUACGCCUUAACCAAGGAU